GGUCCCCCGGUAUCCAUGGCGAUGGGAGGGAGGUGUUUCCCCCCGCGCCCCCUCCCCGCCUCCGCUGCAGCCGCCGAGCAGCCGCAAGCGGCCAAGCGGCGCCGGGGCUCCGGAGCUGGCGGGAGGCACGGAGCGAGGCACGGAGAGGGCGAGCCGUGCCCCCUCCCCUGGCAGCGCAUCCCCUGCACGGCAGCGAUGCAGCCCCCGGAGCCGGCCCGGCCCGGCGGAGGCCCUUCCAAUGGCACCUGGUGGUGGCCCAACUCCAGCGCCAGCCACCUCCUGAGGGAGAACUACACCUUCCUGGCGUACUACCAGCAUUCCCCCCCUGUGGCCCUCAUGUUCAUCCUGGCCUACACCUUCAUCUUCCUCAUGUGCGUGGUCGGCAACGUCCUGGUGUGCUUCGUGGUGGUGAAGAACCGCCAGAUGCGCACGGUCACCAACAUGUUUCUCCUCAACCUGGCCAUCAGCGACCUGCUGGUGGGCAUCUUCUGCAUGCCCACCACCCUGGUGGACAACCUCAUCACAGGUUGGCCCUUUGACAACACCAUGUGCAAAAUGAGUGGGCUGGUGCAGGGCAUGUCCGUCUCCGCCUCGGUUUUCACGCUGGUGGCCAUCGCUGUGGAGAGGUUUCGCUGCAUCGUCCACCCCUUCCGGCAGAAGCUGACGCUGAGGAAAGCCCUGCUGACCAUCGCCGUCAUCUGGGUGCUGGCCCUGCUCAUCAUGUGCCCGGCCGCUGUCACCCUGACCGUCACCAGGGAGGAGCACCACUUCAUGGUGGACACCUACAACAACUCCUACCCUCUCUACUCCUGCUGGGAGGCCUGGCCCGAGACGGGCAUGAGGAGGAUCUAUACCACCAUCCUCUUCUCCCACAUCUACGUGGCUCCCCUCGCCCUCAUCGUCGUCAUGUACGCCCGCAUCGCCUUCAAGCUCUUCAAGUCGGUGGCACCCACCCAGAGCGGAGAGGAGCCGGAGGGGAGGAGGAUCUCCCGGAGGAAGGCCAAGGUCAUCAACAUGCUCAUCAUCGUUGCCCUCUUCUUCAAGGAUGGCGCCGGGCGCUACAUCUCCCCCUUCCACGAUAUCCCCAUGUACGCGGACGCCGGGAAGAAUGUGUUCAACAUGGUUGUGGAGGUGCCUCGAUGGACAAAUGCUAAAAUGGAGAUUUCCACCAAGGAACCCUUGAACCCAAUUAAGCAAGAUGUGAAGAAGGGGAAGCUGCGCUUCGUAGCGAACGUGUUUCCCCACAAGGGCUACAUCUGGAAUUAUGGUGCCAUCCCACAGACUUGGGAAGACCCAAGUCACAAGGAUGAAAAUACUGGUUGCUGUGGAGAUAACGAUCCCAUUGAUGUGUGCGAGAUUGGAAGCAAGGUGUGCUCCAGGGGAGAAGUGAUCCAAGUGAAGGUGCUGGGCACGCUGGCCCUGAUCGAUGAAGGAGAGACAGACUGGAAGGUCAUUGCUAUCAACGUUGAGGACCCCGAGGCAGCCAGCUACAAUGACAUCGAGGAUGUCAGAAGGAUGAAGCCUGGAUACUUAGAAGCUACCGUGGACUGGUUCAGAAGAUACAAAGUACCUGAUGGAAAGCCAGAAAACCAGUUUGCCUUUAAUGGGGAAUUCAAAGGCAAGGAUUUUGCCCUGGAUGUCAUCAAAGGCACCCACGAACACUGGAAAGCUUUAAUAACAAAGAAAACUGAUGGAGGGGAGAUCAACUGCACCAACCUGACAGUGUCUGAGAGCCCCUUCUGCUGUAGUCAAGACUGUGCAAAAGCUACUGUGGAUGCAACGCCGCCGUGUAAAGCUGCCAGCCCCGUCCCACCUGAAGUUGACAAAUGGUUCUACUACCAGAAGAACUAAGUCCUGAGGAUGGUGGUGAGACAGCUGUGUCCUUCCCACCGAGGAGCUGCCUCACGCAGGAAUAGACCAGAAAAAUAGCUUCAGUGUCAGCAAGAAGACCUUGCCUGUAACUUUGCUGAUUAGAAUUCCAUACCUCGCAGUGACGUGUCUGCUGAGGCCUGGUGGAGGCUGGAAGAAAUAAUUUAUGAAAUCCAAACACCCUCUUUGUGCACAGUCAUGUGGUGUGCUCUAAGUCGUGACAGGAGAUCCCUCACCUGGGGUGUGUAUGGAUCUAGAAAUAAAAAACUACUGGAACCCAG